CUGCACUGAUGGGACUGAUGAGGCUGCGCUGAUAGGUGGCACUGAUGGGCACUGUUAGGUGGCACUGAUAGGUGGCACUGAUGGGCACUGAUGUGCAACACUGAUGGGCACUCUAGGUGGCACUGGUGGGCAACACUGAUGACGGCACUGAUAGGUGGCAGUGAUUGCCAGCACAGAUGGGCACUGAUGGGCACUAUUGGCUGCACUGAUGGGGUUACACUGAUCACCAGGACACUGAUGGCACUGAGUAGAGGAUUGCCAAUAACUGCC